AUGGCGGCGUCGGCGGCAGGAGGCUUGCUGAGCCGCCAGCUCAAGCAGAUGCAGACGGACAAGGACAUUCCGGGGAUCAGCUGCGGAUUGGCGGACGAUAAUAACGUGUUUGAGUGGGAGGUGAUGCUCAUGAUAUCGGACGACUGCAAGUUCUACGGAGGAGGCUUCUUUCGCGCAAAGCUCACGUUCCCGCCCGAAUACCCUCUUCUCCCGCCGAAGAUGAAGUUCGAGACGCCCAUGUUCCAUCCCAACAUAUAUCCUAACGGCGAGGUAUGCAUAUCGAUUCUGCAUCCGCCAGAGGAAGACAAGUACGGGUACGAGUCAGCGGCCGAGCGGUGGUCACCCGUGCAGACGCCAGAGACGAUACUGCUAAGCGUGAUUAGCAUGCUGUCGAGUCCAAACGACGAGUCACCGGCGAACGUGGAGGCGGCCAGGCUGUGGCGGGAAGACCCAAAGGAGUUCAAGAAGCGCGUCAGGCAGUGUGUGCGUGAGAGCCUGGGGGAGGAUUAA